AAGUUUUCUUUUUAAAGUCUGUGUUGUGCUUUGUCAUCUCCAAUGGCAACGCCUUGCAUCACAAUGAUGAUGUCAUAAAGGAUAUUGUGCACAUAAUGAUAGGAAAGGCAAAAAUUUGAUUCAUUUGAACUUGGUCGAGUUUCAGGUAGCCAAAUUUUUACUUGUAAUUCAGAUAGGCCUAUUGCGUAAUCAUCUCUGGAUCAGGAUUGUCACUUGCUUCAUUGUAAGUAAAUGGGAAGAAAAUGUGUGCACAUUGUAAAGAGAUGCAUUAUUCUUUGGUGAGCAACACGCCACUUACUACAACGUGUAUUUUUCAGAGUUAUUGUUAGCUAGGAGGAAGACAUGGAGGGUUCAAUGCUGACACAGAGGAGGGCUGAGUGUCAGUUGAAGGAAAGGGAGAUCCAGACAGACUACAUGAUGGAGCUGGGAGCCAGGUUGGCUCUGGUGAGACAGAUCCAGAGGGAGCAGGAGAAGGAGAUGAAGAGGAUUUGGUUUGAGACGAGGAAAAUGCCAAGCCUGAUUGAGGAGAAUGUGAGAGAUGUGACCAACCGUCCACUCACUGAGUUCAUGGCUCCCUGUAUUGACUCCCUCCCACCGCUGGCUUUCACCAAUCGGAGGCCUAUACCAACCAUGUUACAUCCCCCCUCUCAAUUGGCCAUACGCGCUCAGGAUGCACAGCGGUUCAUUGUAUUUUCAUACUUUGUCCCUGCUGAGUGCCCAGUUGCCACAGAGGCCACAGCAGAUGUAUCUACUGGUAAAAGAGAGGACUUAUUGACAGAUACACAUCUUUCCUCAAUGCUGCAUCGAUACCUGCCACACUUCUUUAACGAUGACUCCAUUCCACCACAGCAGACAGUAGAGGGAACCACUGAGCUCUCAGUUGCUCCAGUGGCAAUAUCUAAUAUAAAGGAAGAGGACAGAUUCUAUCCUUUCUCCCUCCCACCACUGGCUCAGCGGUUCGUUGGCAAUUCAUUAAUUGUCCCAGAAACCUCCCAGCCUGCUGUUUCAGCCACAGAGUGCCGAGUUGCCAAAGAUGCCACUGCAGACACAGCCACUGUCAAGAGAGAGAACCGAUGGGCAGCCAGAAGUCUUCCUUCAGUGCUGCCUCCAUGCCUGCCACCAGUCUUUGACGAUGACUUCAAGCCUACAGAGCAGACAGUAGAGGAUGCCUAUGAGGUCUCAGGUGCUACAGAGAACACUUCAGGCACAGCUACUGUUGAUGGAGUGGACAGAUCAACAGCUAAAUGCCCUGUCCCAAUGCUGCCUCCAAGUCUGCCACCUGUCUUUGACAAUGACUACAAACUGCCAGAGGAGGCAGUAGAGGGAACCAACAAGUGUCCAGUCGCCAGUGAAUCUGUCGCUUCCGUGUCCGCUGUCCUCCAAGAGGAGUUUUCAGCUGAUAAGAGUCUUCCUGCACCCGCAGCACUGCCUCUAAGGCUGCCCUGCACCCACAGCAUUGACCACAAACAGCUAUGGGAGAAAGUUGAGGACAACACAGAGUUCUCAGUAGACAAAGAAGCAACUGUUGCCGUUUACACUUGGGAAGAUAAAAGUCCUUCAGUUCUGCCAUGCAUCCACAACAACAACGACCACCAACUGCCAGACGAGACAGUUGAGGACAACACAGAGUGCUCAGUUGACACCGAGGCAAGUGCAGUUGCAUCCACUGUUAAGAGAGAGGAACUGACUUGUGAUAAAAGCCCUGUCCGAGCAAUUCCUCCAAUCCUGGGAUGCAUCCAUGACAAAGACCACAAGGAGGAGGUGAGACAGAGGGAGGGAUUGAAGCGUGAGGCGGACUGUGCCCAUUCCAAGAGCUCCAAUGGGAUGCCGUCAUCAGAGAGAGCAGAGACCAUCCUUGGAAGAGUGGGCUUUCUGGUCAUGAACCACAUGCAGAAAAUCCCAUUUUUGAAGAUGAAGGAAAAAGAGAAAAAUAAGAAACUGCAUAAGAAGUUGAAAGAUGACGAGAAAGAGAGAAAGGAGAAGAAAAACAAGGAGGAGGAGAACAAAAAGAGGGAGAAGAAAGAGAUGAAUGAGAGAGAGAAAGAGCAGAAGAAAGUCAUGAAGGCUGAGAAAAAGAGGGAGAAGUUAGAACAGAAAAAGAGAGAGAAGGAAAGAAAAGAGAAGGAAAAGGCAGAGAAAAAGAGGUUAGAGGGGCUGAUGAAGAUGCAUAAUCACAUGAUGAAAGACAGGAUUAAGAAAGAGAAGAAGUGUUCUGAGGAGCUGAAAAAGAGAGAGAAAGCUCAAGCUGAGUUCUUGGAGAUGGAGAGAAAGAUUCAAGAAAAGGAGGAGAAGAAGAGAGAAAAGAUGAAGAAAGAGGAGAGGAAGAGACUAGAGAAGAAGAAAAAGAGGGAGCCAGCUGGAGGUGGAACUGAGAGGGUGAUAGAAGAGCAGGGAAAGGAUGAAAGCUUGAAGAUGGAUGAGUAGACUGGG